AUGCAAUGGGCUUCUCCACAGCUCAGCGAGAACCGCCCAACCGACCGCCAAGAGCCCUGCCCCAUCACCACCACUACCACCGCCAUGACCAACCUCAUUCUGACCGACGAGCAGAUAGCUCACUUCGACACCCAAGGCUACCUGAUCCUACCUUGCCAGUCACACAACCUCGUAUCCCCACCCCUCCUCCAGAAAUGGACAAACGAAGUCCGCAAUCUUCCUCGCGAGCACGGGAAAUGGAUGCCAUAUGACGAACUCACCGCCUCGGGAGAACGCCAACUAAUGCGCACCGACAACUUCGUCGACUACCACCCCUCUUUCUCCUCCCUCCUGCACGGCCCCGCCCUCGCCUCCAUCCUCAAACAACUCACACGCUCCGACAUGCUCCUCUUCAAAGACAUAAUCAACUGCAACCGAUACACUGCUACCUCUUUCAUCUCGGACAAACUCCCCAACGGCAACGAUUUCACCCCCACCUCAACGCCCCAGCCUACAACCACAUAA